AUGAGUCGCUCCCAGCCAGCCCCGGGCACCUGGCUGGUGCGGCUGAUGGUGAACGUCCUGACAGCCGUGGCCUUGUCCCGCCUGGCCACGAGGACCAAGAAGUCAUCGUACUGGUACCUGCUGGCCCUGACCACCUCCGACAUCCUCACUCAGGUCUUCAUCAUCUUUGUGGGCUUCAUCCUGCAGACAGCCAUCCUGGCUCGGGCAGUGCCCAGCGCCCUCAUCCACACCGUCAACGUGCUGGAGUUCACAGCCAACCAUGCCUCCAUCUGGGUCACUGUCCUGCUCACUGCGGACCGCUACGUGGCCCUGUGCCACCCACUGCGGUACCUCACCGUCUCCUACCCCCAGCGCACCCGCAAGAUCAUCGCGGCUGUCUUUGCUGUGGCUGCAGCCACAGGCAUACCCCUCUACUUGGGGGCUGACCCCCCCACUGCCCUGGACAAGGUGCUCAAGUGGGUGCACUGCGUCACCAUCUACUUCCUGCCCUGCAGCAUCUUCCUGGCCACCAAUUCCAUCAUCAUCUUCAAGCUGAAGCAGCGGAGACGCUCAGGGGGCCGCCGGCCCCAUGUGAGCAAGACCACGGCCCUCCUCCUGGCUGUCACCACCAUCUUCAUGGUGCUGUGGGCACCGCGGACAAUUGUCAUGAUCUGCCACCUCUAUGUGGCCUCAGUCAAGAAGGACUGGCGCGUGCACCUGGCUUUGGACAUUGCCAACAUGGUGGCCAUGCUCAACACCACCCUCAACUUCUUCCUCUACUGCUUUGUCAGCAAGACCUUCCGCCGCACGGUGGGCGAGGUGCUCCGGACCCACCUCCGGCACGGCCCCCGGCCCAGGAACGGCCCCUUCCGCCCCCAGCCCUGA